AUGUCUAGCUCCAGUGCAGCCGCAGCCCCAGUCCCAGCCCCAAACACCUCCCUGGGAGCUGAAUACACCUCCCCACCAACUCCCAUCUGGAACAUUGGUAAACCCAACCCCGACAACACCCCCUACCCCAUCACCACCCCGGGCCUGAAGCUCUUCUACACUGACAUCAUCGAUCUCUCAAAUACCCUCCAACUCCUCGCAGCUGCCCAAACCGCCCCACUUCCCACCGGCGAACGUGAUACCCCCGAAUACCAUUACCUCGAGAAGCGCCGCACCCUCAUCAACACUAAGCUCACUAAGUUCCUCCCCAGUAGUGACCUUAUAGUCACCGAGAAAGGUCAACUAGAGGGCUAUAUGCAAGCAAUCGACAUCUUCCAGCUAAAUACUCUCCCACGUAACCUAGUCGCACUGCCACAUACUACGGUACUGGGCUUCCUGGAGGCCGAAAUCCGGAGCCUAUCACUUGCGCAAGGCGUGCUAAAGGGUGAUUAUAGAAUUAUGCAUGAGAAGGGGACUGACAGCCUCUCGGGUAUGGCGUUUGACUUUUUGUAUCUCAAGGCGCGCAUUGAGAAUAUCCAUGAUGCGCUGAAGGCGUUGAAAAAGCGGGCGUUGGCCAACGCUGAUCAGGUGGCGUUGGAGGAGUGUGCUAGGGUCAGGACGGCGUUUGAGGUCGACGUGGAGGGAUUUAAGACGCAUAUUGAUCACUGGGUGUCGAAGGGCAUAUUGAAGAGGGCUUUUACCGGGAAGCCGAGUCUGAAGUAG